CUGGCCUAUUAAAACUCAUCACAAGUUGCUUACAGUGUGUCUACCGUGUCGCUUGAAACAUCACGUCGCAAUGGGGGGAAGGUAUUUUCGUGGCCAGCCUAUGUUUAGCCUGUUCUUGUGUUUAGGGUUAAGUUAAUCGCACUGGAUACACUCACUUGUGAGACAUGUCAAGAAGUAUGUGUUGUUUUGUUUUCGAUUUGGCUGUAGCCUUAUAUUUUCUCUGGAGUAGUUAAACUUGAUGAUUAGACAUUAAGUGUGGGCUAUGUUUAAAUUGGACUAGACAUUUAUUCCAGAUGGUAACCAAUAAAGAUAAUACACAUAAUGGCUAGUCUAUAUCUAAAAGACAAUCUCUGGAUAUUCAGGCCACAUCUACUUGUACGUUGCAUCGCAAGACUAAGUUCGAUGAAACACGGUAGCUACCAGAGUUGACCAUUGUCCUCCUGACUUCACUUGGGUCAUUGACUGAGAAGUGACUAUGGAUCCAACUAUUUUACCUUACGGGAUGCACGAUGACCUCAGGCUACGCCUGGAGAAACUAUCCAGAUCUUAUGACUUGGCCACCAUGAAAAUUUUCAUGGCAGUGGAAUCCCUGGGAGACAACAACGUCUACAGCACUUACACACCAGUCUGGCACCACGACCAGACUUUACAGAAACGGCUGGACAAACUGUCGGAUGAAUACGACACAGAGACUCUGAAGGUCUAUAUGGCGACGCUAGCCUUAGGUCAAGAGACUAUCUCUCACGUAUACGACCCUGCUAUUGAGCGCAGAGAACUAUGGGAAACCUUUUUGAUCAGACGAGAAGCCUGUCGUCUGGAUUUAGCCCGCCAUGAGAAACUCAAAGAGAAAUACCACCAGUUUCUGACUGAGGUUGGGCGGGAAGAGCAAGGGAAGCAAUUCUUCCAUUCCAUCAUAGCCUUGCUCAAAUCUAAAGGGGCGGUUGACAUUUUCAGGCAGACGAGCUCAAAGUAUUUUCCUGAUUUGGAAUCGACUUUCUGCGGACACCUUUGCAAGCUGUUUGAUAAGAAGCUAGAGUCUUGGUUCGACAACUUUGAGGCGGUGAACGUCAGGCUAACCGCUCAUGUCAAAGUGUCCAACCUCGUCCGCGUUCUGACCGGUCAGGUCGACCUCAUCUGCCGAAAAGGCGGAAUCCUCUAUGCCAUCAAUGUCAAGGUCACUGGGAUGCCGACCCCACGGCCUAUGGAUGUCAAUGAGUUAUGCCUUGUUAAAGCGAUGGUGAUCCAGAACGGCUUGGCCGAUCCCGACGCCAUGAUCUGCGGCCUUCUCGUCUGUCACCUCGGGGAGGAUCGGCCGGUGCUUCGACUAUGGGAGUACCGCCCCACCCGAGCCAUGGACAUAGCCAUACAAGAAGCAGACGUGGACAACAUGAUUGAGGCGGGAAAACACUCCAAGCUGCACGAGCUGUGGCCACAGAAUGUGUGUCCACCUGGUGUUGCCAGCCUGACCGCCAGAGAAGCUUUCCCUGAGAAUCCAGCACCGCCAAAAUACACGGACGUGAAACCUGCUAAUCAUGUGACUGGAAACAUCAACAAUUCAACCAAUCAAAACUAUAAUGACAAUGACCUGAAAAACAGGAAAACACCUUCCUUAGUACAGACUACGAAGUAAGGCUCUAGAUCUAGUUCCUGAGCGAAACUUUGAAAGACAAACUACCGAAAUGAUCAAAUAGACUUUUUGAAUGUUAAUUUUUAGAUGUUCGCUUCAUUACUCCUAUUUUAAAAAAGCAGAUUCAAUUCCAAACCAAUUUAGAAUACCUUUUUUCUAAGCCAAUGAACAACUUUUAUUGCGAUUCAUUCUUUGUGAUAGCUUGGACUGUACCGGCGUAGGGAUAGCACUCGUGUUAUUCUAUCAAAUAUGUACUCAAGCGUUAUUUUUUUUUUUUUUUUGAAAUAUUCAUUUUCAUUAGAUCUGUUUCAAGAUAUAAGAUUUUUAUAAUCAAACCUUCUUAUCAAAUUCUAAAUCACAAUGCGACAGUUAGCACUUCAGCAUUAAACUUUCUAUGCUUGUUUUCUUUCACAACUUUUAAAGGUAACAUUCAUUUUUUGUUUGAACUCAUAUUGAGUAUUAUUUCGUCCUCGGAGUACACACUACUCAGCUGUUAUUGGUGAGUCAAUUUAAAAGUUUACAUUAACGACAAAAUAUUUGUAACAUGUGAGUUACACUUUUAAGGCAAAUGAGUUCAUGAUUAUCACUUAAGUAUUGUGCUCUCUAGGUGUGUCCUUUACACCUGCUAAUAAGAAACAUUUUCAAAAUGUAUAUUAACGUGAUGAGAAAUGUCUUCAGAAUAGGACCAAAUGUUUCUGUGACUUUCUAUGUAUUUAUUGUCAGAUUUUAAUCCUUCACACUUAUUGACAAGUUGUAUCUAAUAGUACACAAUGGUAACGUUGGAGAUUCUUGUCUUUUCAUAAUAAAUAAGACGUCCAUUAUGUUUCUUGAACUUUAUCAUUUUUCAAUCAGUUACUGUCAUAUAAAAUAAAUUAAACAUUCCUAUUACAUUUGUCAUUGAAAGAGCAAGCAAACUGGGAUUCAAACUCACGACAUUUGCGUGAUCAGCGCCACUUAGCUGCCCAGCCAUACUUUAUUUUAGUUUGAAAUAUUUCUUUUUUUUUUUACUUGAGGUUUUGGUUUGUGUCUUAAAAACUUCCACCCACGUUCCUGCUCUGAAGAAAAUGUGAGCUAUUAGGUAGUGAAUGUUGCGAAGAUACUCUUGAGAGUGGGAAAUACCUAGAUCUAGCUCACAGGGCCGGCUUGAAGCCAAUUUGACCGACUGCUCCAAUUGGGCCCCACUCUCGGCAGGGGCCCCGCAGUUUACAUUAAGCAUAUCACUGCCAGUCACGGCUUUUGUCACAGGCUUUUAAAGAUGUAUGACUUAAAGGGUUAACAUACUUUUAGUUGGCCUAUCGUACGAUUCAUGUAACUUUAAUUAACCCACUGGCGCCUAUCGCGUUUGAGUUGCUUCCUAUUUCCUAUGCAUGUUGUAUAACAAAUGCUGGUAUAAUGAUCUAAUUAAUAGUAAUAGUUGCUAUUGUAAAAAAAAAAUAGAAGAGGGGCCUCUCAAGCAUCCAUUAAAUUGGGCCCCGCAAUUCGUAAGGCCGGCCCUGCAAGCCCAAAUUAAAAAACAACUCUCAAGAGAAUAGGAAAUAAGAAAACCUAGUUCUUACUUAAAAACUCAACAGAAAUUCCUAGAUCAUGAAUGUUUGUUUAUUUCUUAAGGCACGGAAAGAUGUUCUCUCCUCUCUCCACUCGUUAGUUCUCUUAACCAUGGAACUUCACUAACCUAGACUAUUUGCACAAAUUCCUUUUCUUUCCUUGCCUUUUUUUUCUCCUCUGCUAAAUUCCGUUAUUAAACUAUUUCUUUGUUCCAGGUGUGGUCAUGAUAAAAAAAACAAAUUUCAUUGAAAGGAGAGAAGAAUAUUUCUUGGUUUUUACUUAUUAUUGUCUGUUGUCAUCAUUGUGAACAAAUAAAAUCUUUUACUUUA